CAGAUGUUGAAGAAAGUCUCAAAUAAAUUUUACAAUUUCUAAAAAAAGAAUACAAACAAUGGUAACAACUGAUAGAAAGUUUAACACUAAAAAUAAAAAAUAAAAAACCCAACGAGAACAUCAUCAAACUGACCUUAAGGCUUGCAUUCCAUUGCCAAACACAUCAAUUCUCAUUCAUAAUACUGUUGCAGACUGUAUGUAUUCAAUGGCAAUGGGAAGGAUAAGAGCAUCAUCGAUAUUGGUAGCAGCAGCUACAAUAACAGUAAUUGCAACAUCUCUGAGCUGGGCAUCUGCCGCCACCGGGAGUGACUCUGCUUUCGUCAAGAAAACCAUCUCUUCCCACAAGAUCGUCAUCUUCUCCAAGUCCUACUGCCCAUACUGUAAGAGGGCAAAAGCUGUUUUCAAACAGUUGAACCAGAUACCUCAUGUUGUUGAGCUUGAUGAGAGAGAUGAUGGACAGAACAUUCAGGAUGCUCUGAGCAAAAUUGUUGGAAGGCGUACUGUUCCUCAGGUUUUCAUUGACGGAAAGCACAUUGGUGGCUCUGAUGAUACUGUGGAAGCUUACGAAAGUGGAGAACUGGCUGAUCUUCUAGGCAUUGCUGGUAAGGAUGAUCUUUGAUCAAGUACUUUAUGAUCACGGUUCAUCACCGGAAUAGUCGGUGAAAACCCAAUGCAGGUUAAUGUGAACAAUUUCUUCAGAUGGACAAUAGGGUAUUAAGUUUUAAUUUUACAAUGUUAUUGUUAGGAUACGUAUUAAGGUUUCGGUCUGGUCAUAUCAUGAGAAAGUUAUUACAAUCUUUGAUUCA